CCACAUGUUUGAGAAUGUUAUAGUUGGGCAGUGUUAUAUAUUCAUAUAAGUUGAAACGUGAAGGUUUCGGACAGUCAACAAUCGCCUCUAAGCAUGAAGGCACCAGUGGAAUCAUGUUUAGGAUUUCUGUUGCUUAGCGUCGCCAUCAACGGCGUGAAGGCAUUUCUGAUAAUGCCUCCAGACAAUGCCAAAGGUGACUUAUACGAAGCACAAGCCAGGAAUAUACUGAAGCGAGUGCCACUUGUAGAUGGGCAUAAUGAUCUCGGCUGGCACAUCAUAAAAAACUUCAAGGGCGAUCUGGAGAAAGUUGAUCUGAGAAAAGACACUCGGUCACAGUUUCCUGUGGACCCCGAGUUUCUGGCGCAAACAGACAUCCCCCGAAUACGACAAGGAGAACUGGGAGCUCAGAUGUGGUCUGCGUGGACUCCGUGUGACUUCCAGUACAAGGACAGCAUCACUUGGGCUCUCUCGACCAUAGACGUCAUCAAGAGAUUCGUCCACCAAUACACCGACACCUUCCGUUUUGUCACAGCUGUUGAUGAUAUAAUGCCCUCCUUCCGCGACGGCAAAGUAGCUUCAAUGAUUGGCUUAGAAGGGGGCGAAAUGAUCGACAGCAACCUGGCCGUACUGCGCAUGUAUUAUGACCUUGGUGUGAGAUAUAUGACCUUGACCUGGAGCUGUGACACCCCAUGGGCAGAUUCCUGUAACGAUACAAGACACAACACUCCCAACCACCAUGGCUUGACAGACUUUGGAAAGAGAGUGGUGCAUGAAAUGAACAGACUUGGUAUGAUGGUGGACCUCGCCCACACGGCUGUGGACACCAUGUACGACGCCAUCAACGUGUCUGUCGCCCCCGUCAUCUUCAGCCACUCGUCCUCCUAUCAUGUCUGUCCACAUGACAGGAACGUCCCCGACGACGUCGCUAAACAUCUGGCCGCCAACAACGGAAUCAUUAUGAUCAACGUGUAUCCUCGAUUCAUCAACUGUACCACGGAGGACAGGCAUGGAGAUGACAACAGAACCGCCUCCGUAGCCCAAGUCGCAGAUCACUAUGACCAUUUCCGCAAGCUUAUAGGCUCACAGUACCUUGGUAUUGGCUGUGACUUUGACGGCUCUGGGGUGAACGGAGAGAUGGCUGACGUGUCGAGCUACCCUCUGUUAUUCGCCGAGCUGCUCCGAAGAGGCUGGUCAGAGGCAGAGCUGGAGAACGUCGCUUACAGAAACUUCUAUAGAGUUUUCAAACAAGUGGAAGCGGUUCGGGAUGCUAUGAGAUCGGUUCCACCGGACAGCACACUUCUGGACAGAUCGGCAGUUCCAGAUCAAACCUGUUUGUCCAAACUACCAUAUUGGCCAUAAAAGCAAGACUUGUUUCAUGAAUAAAGCAAAUAAAACAGCA